AUGAAAAGCCCUGCUUUGCAAUCCCUCAGCAUGGCGGGACUGCAGCUCAUGACCCCUGCUUCCUCCCCAAUGGGUCCGUUUUUUGGACUACCAUGGCAACAAGAAGCAAUUCAUGAUAACAUUUAUACGCCAAGAAAAUAUCAGGUUGAACUGCUCGAAGCAGCUUUGGAUCAUAAUACAAUAGUCUGCUUAAACACUGGCUCAGGGAAGACUUUUAUUGCAGUACUACUCACUAAAGAGCUGUCCUAUCAGAUCAGGGGAGAUUUCAACAAAAAUGGGAAAAGAACUGUAUUCUUGGUCAACUCAGCAAAUCAAGUUGCUCAGCAAGUGUCAGCUGUCAGGACACAUUCAGAUCUUAAAGUAGGAGAGUAUUCAAGUUUAGAGGUGACUGAAUCAUGGACAAAAGAGAAGUGGAGUCAGGAAUUCUCUAAGCAUCAGGUCUUGGUUAUGACAUGUCAUGUUGCUUUGACUGUUUUGAGAAAUGAAUAUUUAUCCCUGUCGAAUAUUAAUCUUCUGGUAUUUGAUGAGUGCCAUCUUGCAAUCCAGGAUCACCCAUACCGUGAAAUUAUGAAGAUCUGUGAGGAUUAUCCAUCAUGUCCUCGAAUCUUGGGAUUAACAGCUUCCAUUUUAAAUGGGAAAUGUGAUCCUGCCGAGUUAGAGGAGAAGAUCCAGAAACUGGAGAAAAUUUUGAAGAGCAACGCUGAAACUGCAACUGAUUUGGUGGUCUUAGACAGAUAUACUUCUCAGCCAUGUGAGAUUGUUGUAGACUGUGGACCAUAUACUGAUAAAAGUGGGUUGUAUGGAAGAUUAUUGAAGGAAUUGGAUGAAGCGCUUACCUUCCUGAAUGACUGCAACAUAUCUGUACAUUCGAAAGAAAGAGAUUCUACCUUAAUUUCUAAGCAGAUACUGUCAGACUGUCGAGCUGUGUUGGUUGUUCUGGGACCCUGGUGUGCAGAUAAGGUAGCUGGGAUGAUGGUGAGAGAGCUACAGAAGUAUAUCAAACACGAACAAGAGGAGCUGCACAGGAAAUUUUUAUUGUUUACAGACACUUUCCUAAGGAAAAUACAUGCACUCUGUGAAGAGCACUUCUCGCCUGCCUCACUUGACCUGAAAUUUGUAACCCCAAAAGUGAUAAAGCUGCUUGAAAUCUUGCGCAAAUAUAAACCGUAUGAGCGGCAGCAGUUUGAAAGUGUUGAAUGGUAUAACAAUAGGAAUCAGGAUAAUUACGUGUCUUGGAGUGAUUCUGAAGAUGAUGACGAGGAUGAAGAAAUUGAGGAGAAAGAGAAGCCAGAGACUAAUUUCCCAUCUCCCUUUACUAAUAUUUUAUGCGGAAUUAUUUUUGUGGAAAGAAGAUACACAGCUGUUGUUCUAAAUAGGUUGAUUAAAGAAGCUGGCAAGCAAGAUCCAGAACUGUCUUACAUCAGUAGCAAUUUUAUAACUGGACAUGGCAUUGGAAAGAACCAACCUCGGAACAAGCAGAUGGAAGUAGAGUUCAGAAAACAGGAAGAGGUUCUUAGAAAAUUUCGAGCACAUGAGACCAACCUACUUAUUGCUACUAGUAUUGUAGAAGAGGGUGUUGACAUCCCAAAAUGCAACUUGGUGGUGCGUUUUGAUUUGCCCACAGAAUAUCGUUCCUAUGUGCAGUCAAAAGGAAGAGCUAGAGCACCAAUUUCCAAUUACAUUAUGUUAGCAGAUACAGACAAAAUCAAAACUUUUGAAGAAGAUCUUAAGACAUACAAAGCAAUUGAGAAGAUCCUCAGAAACAAAUGUUCCAAAUCUAUUGAUACCAAUGAAACCGAAACUGAACCCAUUGUUGAUGACGAUGAUGUGUUUCCACCCUAUGUGUUGAGGCCAGAUGAGAACAGUCCAAGAGUUACUAUUAACACUGCUAUUGGACACAUAAAUAGGUACUGCGCUAGAUUACCAAGUGAUCCAUUUACACACCUAGCUCCCAAGUGUAAAACCAGAGAACUACCUGAUCAUACGUUUUACUCUACUCUCUACCUGCCAAUCAACUCACCUCUUCGAGCUUCAAUUGUUGGUCCUCCAAUGAGUUGUGCAAGACUGGCUGAGAGAGUUGUAGCUCUUAUUUGCUGUGAAAAACUACACAAAAUUGAAUAUUCAGGUGAACUGGAUGAUCAUUUGAUGCCAGUUGGUAAAGAAACAGUUAAAUAUGAGGAAGAGCUUGAUUUACAUGAUGAAGAAGAAACCAGUGUUCCAGGAAGGCCAGGCUCUACAAAACGAAGACAGUGCUAUCCUAAAGCUAUUCCAGAAUGUUUGAGGGAUAGCUAUCCCAAACCUGAUCAGCCCUGUUACCUGUAUGUAAUAGGAAUGGUGUUAACAACUCCUCUACCUGACGAGCUCAACUUCAGGAGAAGAAAGCUAUAUCCUCCUGAGGAUACAACAAGGUGUUUUGGCAUAUUGACAGCCAAACCUAUACCUCAGAUUCCUCACUUUCCUGUGUAUACUCGCUCUGGAGAGGUUACGAUAUCUAUUGAGCUUAAGAAAUCUGGUUUCACUCUGUCUCUGCAAAUGCUUGAGCUGAUAACGCGACUGCAUCAAUACAUUUUUUCACAUAUUCUUCGUCUUGAGAAACCUGCACUAGAGUUCAAGCCUACAGAAGCUGAUUCAGCCUAUUGUGUUCUACCUCUUAAUGUUGUUGAUGACUCCAGCACUUUGGACAUUGACUUUAAGUUUAUGGAAGACAUUGAGAAAUCUGAGGCACGUACAGGCAUUCCCAGUACACAAUAUACAAAAGAAAUGCCUUUUAUUUUCAAGUUAGAAGAUUACCAGGAUGCAGUUAUCAUUCCACGGUAUCGAAAUUUUGAUCAGCCUCAUCGAUUCUAUGUAGCUGAUGUAUACACUGAUCUUACUCCACUCAGUAAAUUCCCAUCCCCGGAAUAUGAAACUUUUGCUGAGUAUUAUAAAACAAAGUAUAAUCUUGACCUUACAAAUCUCAACCAGCCACUACUGGAUGUGGACCACACAUCUUCAAGACUUAAUCUUUUGACUCCUCGCCAUUUGAAUCAGAAGGGAAAGGCACUUCCACUAAGCAGUGCUGAGAAGAGAAAAGCAAAGUGGGAAAGCUUGCAAAAUAAGCAGAUACUGGUUCCAGAGCUCUGUGCUAUACAUCCUAUUCCAGCAUCAUUGUGGAGAAAAGCAGUUUGCCUCCCCAGCAUACUUUAUCGCCUGCACUGCCUUUUGACAGCAGAGGAGCUAAGAGCUCAGACAGCCACUGAUGCUGGUGUAGGGGUUAAAUCACUUCCUGCAGAUUUCAGAUACCCUAACUUGGACUUUGGAUGGAAAAAGUCUAUUGACAGCAAAUCCUUCAUCUCUAUUCCUAACUCCUCUUUAGUAGAGAAUGAAAAUUACUGUAAGCACAGCACAAUUGUAGUCCCUGAAAAUGCUGCACAUCAAGGUGCUAAUAGAGCCUCUUCUGCAGAAAACCAUGACCAAAUGUCUGUGAGUUACAGAACAUUGCUCAAUGAGUCACCCAGUAAACUCCAAAUUGAUGUCUCAGCAGAACUUGCAGCAAUUAAUGGUGUUACUUACAAUAAAAAUCUUGCCAAUGGCAAUUGUGAUUUAGUUAACAGAGACUUUUGCCAAGGAAAUCAGCUGAAUUACUGCAGGCAGGAAAUACCUGUACAACCAACUACCUCAUAUCCCAUUCAGAAUUUAUACAACAUUGAGAACCAGCCCAAGCCCAGCAAUGAAUGUACUCUACUGAGUAAUAAAUACCUUGAUGGAAAUGCUAACAGAUCUACCUCAGAUGGAUGCCCCGUAAUGGCAGUGACCACCAGUACUUCAAAAGCUAUUAAUCUUUCAAAAGAUACAACAGAUUUUGAAAAGAACCCUUCCAAUGGGUACUCCUCAAAAACUCUUGGUCCUAAUCCUGGUCUCAUUCUUCAAGCUUUGACUCUAUCAAAUGCUAGUGAUGGAUUUAAUCUGGAACGGCUAGAAAUGCUUGGUGAUUCAUUUUUAAAGCAUGCCAUCACUACAUACUUGUUUUGCACUUACCCUGAUGCUCAUGAGGGACGGCUGUCAUAUAUGAGAAGCAAAAAAGUCAGCAACUGUAACUUGUACCGCCUUGGAAAAAAGAAAGGACUGCCCAGUCGUAUGGUUGUAUCGAUUUUUGAUCCCCCGGUCAAUUGGCUUCCUCCUGGCUACAUAGUUAACCAGGACAAGAGCAACACUGACAAGUGGGAGAAAGAUGAAAUGACAAAGGAAAACUUGUCUAAUGGUAAAGUUGAUGAUUAUGAUGAUGAUGAAGAGGAUGAAAACUUAAUGUGGAGGUUACCCAAGGAAGAAACAGACUUUGAAGAUGACUUUCUGGAGUAUGAUCAAGAGCAUAUCAAAUUCAUUGAUAAUAUGUUAAUGGGAUCUGGGGCUUUUGUGAAGAAAAUUUCUCUCUCUCACUUUUCAACCACUGAUUCAAACUAUGAAUGGAAAGCACCCAAAAAGUCAUCUCUGGGUAAUGUUCAGUUUUCCGCAGAUUUUGAUGAUUUUGACUAUAGCUCUUGGGAUGCUAUGUGCUAUCUGGAUCCCAGCAAGGCUGUUGAAGAGGAUGAUUUUGUAGUGGGCUUCUGGAACCCAUCAGAAGAAAACUGUGGUGUUGACGCGGGAAAACAGUCCAUCUCAUACGACUUGCAUACAGAGCAGUGUAUUGCUGACAAAAGCAUUGCAGACUGUGUGGAAGCCCUGUUGGGCUGCUAUCUGACCAGCUGUGGUGAAAGAGCUGCUCAGCUUUUCCUGUGUUCACUGGGGCUCAAGGUGCUCCCUGUAAUUAAAAAGACUGAUUGGGAGGGCACUUUGAGUGCUACCAGAGAGAAUUGUAACAGUGAGCAGAAAAAUCUUUCACCAAACUCUGUUUCUGCUUCUGUAGCUAAUUCAGAGCCUUCUCUGUAUAAAGACCUGGAGUAUGGCUGUUUGAAGAUUCCACCAAGGUGUAUGUUUGAUCACCCAGAUGCUGAAAAAACCCUAAAUCACCUUAUUUCUGGUUUUGAAAACUUUGAGAAGAAAAUAAACUACAGUUUUAAGAACAAGGCUUAUCUUCUGCAGGCAUUUACUCAUGCCUCAUACCAUUAUAAUACUAUUACUGAUUGUUACCAGCGUUUAGAAUUCCUGGGAGAUGCAAUUUUGGACUACCUCAUAACCAAGCACCUUUAUGAAGACCCAAGGCAACAUUCUCCAGGAGUUCUUACUGACCUGCGAUCUGCUUUAGUCAAUAAUACCAUUUUUGCAUCAUUAGCUGUAAAGUAUGACUACCACAAGUACUUCAAAGCUGUCUCUCCUGAACUGUUUCAUGUUAUUGACGACUUUGUGCAGUUUCAAAUGGAAAAGAAUGAAAUGCAAGGAAUGGAUUCUGAGCUGAGAAGAUCUGAAGAAGAUGAAGAAAAAGAGGAAGACAUUGAAGUACCAAAGGCCAUGGGGGAUAUAUUUGAGUCCCUUGCUGGUGCCAUUUAUAUGGAUAGUGGAAUGUCUUUGGAAAUGGUUUGGCAAGUGUACUAUCCAAUGAUGCGGCCAUUAAUAGAAAAAUUUUCUGCUAAUGUGCCCCGUUCCCCAGUGCGAGAGUUGCUGGAAAUGGAGCCAGAAACAGCCAAAUUUAGUCCUGCAGAAAGAACUUACGAUGGAAAGGUCAGAGUAACAGUGGAAGUUGUAGGAAAGGGCAAGUUUAAAGGUGUUGGCAGAAGCUACAGGAUUGCCAAAUCUGCAGCUGCGAGAAGAGCACUACGAAGCCUCAAAGCAAAUCAACCUCAGGUCCCAAACAGCUGA